UCUAAAUAGUGCUUACGUUUAAAACACACUGCGUCGCUCUGAAAAGCGUUUUGUUGACUUAUAUCAAAUUUAUGACGUCAUUUUUGGGUCACAUAUAUAUACCACGUGACAACCCAGCCUCGAUCUCUUUUACGCUGUGGCCAAAUAACAGUCCACAUUCAGAAGCCUAACUAAGCAUUAAGCAACCAUGGGGAAGGAAAAGAUUCAUAUCAACAUUGUCGUCAUUGGACACGUCGACUCUGGAAAGUCCACAUCAACUGGUCAUUUGAUUUACAAAUGUGGUGGAAUCGACAAAAGAACCAUUGAAAAAUUCGAGAAGGAAGCAGCUGAGAUGGGAAAAGGCUCCUUCAAGUAUGCCUGGGUUUUGGACAAACUGAAGGCUGAGCGUGAACGUGGUAUUACCAUUGACAUUGCUUUGUGGAAAUUUGAGACCACCAAAUACUAUGUUACUAUUAUUGAUGCUCCUGGACAUAGAGAUUUCAUCAAGAACAUGAUCACUGGUACAUCUCAAGCUGAUUGUGCUGUUUUGAUUGUUGCAUCUGGUACUGGUGAGUUUGAAGCUGGUAUCUCAUCCAAUGGUCAGACAAGAGAACACGCCCUUUUGGCUUUUACUCUUGGUGUAAAACAGAUGAUUGUCGGAGUCAACAAGAUGGACAAUACUGAACCACCAUACAGUGAAAGCCGAUUCAAUGAAAUCCAGAAGGAAGUCAGCAGUUACUUGAAGAAAAUAGGAUACAAUCCUAAAUGUGUAGCUUUUGUACCAAUUUCUGGAUGGCAUGGAGAUAACAUGAUUGAGCCAUCUGAAAAGAUGGGCUGGUACAAGGGAUGGUCAGUUGAAAGGAAAGAAGGAAAUGCCAGUGGCAAAACCUUAUUUGAAGCUCUAGAUUCUAUCCUGCCACCAUCAAGACCCACAGACAAAGCUCUCCGUCUCCCAUUACAGGAUGUGUACAAAAUAGGAGGUAUUGGAACAGUGCCAGUAGGUAGAGUAGAAACUGGUAUCAUCAAGCCUGGUAUGGUUGUUACCUUUGCUCCAGCCAACAUCAGUACUGAAGUUAAGUCAGUAGAAAUGCACCACGAGUCUCUCCCUGAAGCUUUACCAGGAGAUAAUGUUGGUUUCAAUGUAAAGAACGUCUCCGUCAAGGAAAUUCGUAGAGGAAUGGUCUGUGGUGACAGCAAAAAUGACCCACCCAAAGGAGCCAAAAGUUUUAUUGCACAGGUCAUCAUCUUGAACCACCCUGGAGAAAUUAAGAAUGGAUAUGCGCCAGUCUUGGAUUGUCAUACAGCUCAUAUUGCCUGUAAAUUUGUUGAAAUCAAAGAAAAGAUUGACAGAAGAAGUGGUAAGAAACUUGAAGAAUUCCCAAAAUUCAUCAAAUCUGGGGAUGCUGGUAUUGUGGACAUGACACCAUCAAAGCCUAUGUGUGUUGAAUCCUUCCAAACAUACGCCCCAUUAGGACGUUUUGCUGUAAGAGACAUGAGACAGACCGUCGCUGUAGGAGUCAUCAAAGAAGUUACAAAGGCUGAACCUGCCAGUGGCAAAGUUACCAAAUCUGCAGCAAAGGCCGGCAAAAAAUGAUGUGAGGCCAGUCUAGAUGAUGUUGAUAUGGAAUUGAAGACUGAAAUAAAAAACAAACUAAUUUUUUGUCAAAAUUUAAGACCACAGCAAAUUAUGUAUUGGACAAUUUGGUUGCUUAGAAGUAAAAUUCAUCGUAAAGAAAUCAGGCGGAAAAACUUGUAAAUGCUAUAGGCAAUGGCAUAAUUUUAUUUAUGUUUAAAAAAAUAAUUAAAAAAAAUGCCUAACAUC